UAACCUAAUGACUUGAUCAAGCCAUUUUGCUACUAUCAUCAAUGGAUGACCCAAGAAGAAGUAGUACUCAUGAAAAUGGUGAGAGCAGGGAGAUUUUGUUAAAUGAUGAUCACCUCAACUUUCUCGGUUUUCCCGCCAACAUUACAACCCACGCUCUACUUCUUGGAGCCGACAAGCUGCUAAUGACCCGAAAACCCGACCCAUUACCGACCCAUUCCAACUUCGAGCCUCAAACUUAUCACGAACUGCAUGAAAAUCUCAGUAACGGUAAAAUCCAAGGUAAAUACACGACAAAAGAAAACCGAAAGGUAAAAAGAUUCGAAGAAUGUAAGAAUAAUUCAUUUCAUGCAACUUCACGAUUUAGUAACGAGUACAAAAGCUAUAAUGGUUAUAACAACGACGAGUUUUCAUUUAGUUUCAUAGCUUUCGCGACUGUACUAAUGCUUAAGCUUGCUAGCUUUCAAAUAAGCCUACUCUUGAGGUUCUUUACUUUCCCCAUUUGGCUCCUCAACUUGUCCUUCAUGUUUGUGGAGUUCCCCUUUCAAAUUCUAACACAUUUUUUGAGAGAGCAUCUGAAGAAAAAGUUGAUGAUUGCAUGCCACGCUUUUUACAUAAAGCUUAAGUCACAGACAUAUUUUUUGAGACUCGCUGUAAGAUUUGGAAAGGCCGUUUUCUGUGGGGCCUACGUGUUUUUUGUGCUAGUCGGGAUGCUUGUGUCUGGUUUUGUAAUCAGUGGCGUAAUUAUGAGAAAUUUGGUGCAAGAAAGAAUUCACACAACCGAAACUCUGAAUUUCGAUUACACGAAAACGAGCCCAGCUGCCAUCGUGCCUGUUGUCAGUGGAGUUUUGCCUUCCAAAUUGAAGCUCGCUGUUUUAUUGACACUUCCAGAGUCCGAAUACAAUCGAAAACUCGGUGUUUUUCAGGUAAGAGUGGAAACUUUGUCGAGCAAUGGGAAAGUAGUUAAUUGGAUGAGUUACCCCACGAUGUUACGUUUCAAGAGCCAAUCUAUACGUGCUGUUGAGACUUUGUUCAAAAGCGUGCAUUUAAUAACCGGAAUGAAAUCUGAGGUACAAAAUCUGAAAAUCGUGAUGGGUGAAUUUAACGAAGGGCAUGGCGCAAUGUCGAGCUUUAAAGUGAUUCUCGAGCAAAGGGCCGAGUUUCAAGGUGGUUCGGGUGUGCCUCAGAUAUAUGGUGGCUAUCUUGAAAUUGAAUCUGAGCUUUCGAAACUGAAGAGAGUUUUGUGGAAUUGGAGACGAACGGCUUUCGUUUGGGUCGGUUUUGGUUCGUUCUUGAGUGAGGUGAUGGUUUUCUUGAUCUUCUUUAGGCCUGUUGUUUUACCUGGUGGCAGGACAAAGGCUAUGGGCAGUAGUAAAUACACGAUAAAACAAAACCAAAAGGUAAAACGAUUCGAAGAAUGUAAGAAUAAUUCAUUUCAUGCAACUUCACGAUUUAGUAACGAGUACGAAAGCUAUAAUAAUGGUUAUAACAACGAGAGUUUUCAUUUACUUUCAAAUAACCCUACCCUUAAGGUUCUUUACUUUUUCCCCAUUUGGUUCUUCAACUUGUCCUUCAUGUUCGUGAUGUUUCCCUUUCAAAUUCUAACACAUUUGAGAGAGCAUCUGAAGAAAAAGUUGAUGAUUGCAUGCCACGCUUCGUACAUAAGGCUUAAGUCACAGACAUAUUUUUUGAGACUCGCUGUAAGAUUUGGAAAGGCCGUUUUCUGUGGGGCCUACGUGUUUUUCGUGCUAGUCGGGAUGCUUGUAUCUGACAUUAUGGUGCAAGAAAGAAUUCACACAGCCGAAACUCUGAACUUUGAUUACACGAAAACGAGCCCAACUGCCAUUGUGCCUGUUGUCAGUGGAUUUUUGCCUUCAAAUUUGAAGCUCACUGUUUUAUUGACACUUCCAGAGUCUGAAUGCAAUCGAAAACUCGGUGUUUUUCAGGUAAGAGUGGAAACUUUGUCGAGCAAUGGGAAAGUAGUUAAUUGGAUGAGUUACCCCACGAUGUUACGUUUCAAGAGCCAAUCUAUACGUGCUGUCGAGACUUUGUUCAAAAGCGUGCAUUUAAUAACCGGAAUGAAAUCCGAGGUACAAAAUCUGAAAAUCGCGAUAGGUGAAUUUAACGAAGGGCAUGGCGCAAUGUCGAGUUUUAAGGUGAUUCUCGAGCAAAGGGCCGAGUUUCAAGGUGGUUCGGGCGUGCCUCAAAUAUAUGGUGGCUAUCUUGAAAUUGAAUAUGAGCUUUUGAAACUGAAGAGAGUUUUGUGGAAUUGGAGACGAACGGCAUUCGUUUGGGUCGGUUUUGGUUUGUUCUUCGGUGAAGUGAUGGUUUUCUUGAUCUUCUUUAGGCCUGUUGUUUUACCUGGUGGCAGGACAAAGGCCAUGGGCAGUAGCAAGAAACGUUUUGUUUGA